AUGUCAAAAAAUAUCAACAUACUCAUCUAUGUCUGUCUAUCUAUCUAUCUAUCUAUCUAUCUAUCUAUCUAUCUAUCUAUCUAUCUAUCUAUCUAUCUAUCUCAACCUGUUUGUUUCUUUUUAUUCAUCUGUUUGUAUCUAUCUAUCUAUCUAUCUAUCUAUCUCAGCCUCCUCCACACAAUAUCGUGGAACCUCCUCCCAUGGUUCACUGUUGAUGCUUAUGGAGUUGAACAUUACUCAAUGCUUGGCCGUCUCAUAUCAAAUCUUUCUUGCAUAUUCCUCUUUUGUUUAUCUCAACAUUCAUUCAUUUUCCUUCUUUCAUAUUAUUUUCUUUUCUUUCCUCCCACUAAACACAUCUCUGGAGAUGGCACAUACAAGCCAGAAGAGGAUGACCAGCCAGUACCCUUGACGCAAGCAGAACUCAAUGACCUGACACAAGACCUGGACCUUUCAAAGGAGUCUGCUCAGCUGCUAGGUACACAUCUCAAAGAGAAACAUCUGUUGGCACCAGGAACAAUCUUCUACUGGCAUUGA